AUGGAAAGAACGGUUAACAGGAGGCUGACCUGGUUUCUUGAGACUAACGAUAUUCUUAGGAGUGAACAAGCAGGUUUUAGGCCACAAAGAUCAACAAAUCAACAAGUAGCCACUUUCUCCCAACACAUUAAAGAUGCCCUUGAUGCAAGAAAUACCCUUACGGCUGUUUUCGUAGACUUCAAAUCAGCAUAUGACUUAGUAUGGAAAGAGAAGCUAAUUCUAAAAUUAGCAAAGAUUGGUAUUAAGCAUAACAUGCUAAAUUGGACAAAAGCAUUCAUUGGACAAAGAUCGUGUAAAGUCAGAUAUGGAAAUGCUCUAUCAAAAUCCAAUCUUUUACAACCAGGUCUUCCACAGGGAGCUGUCACAAGCUGCACUCUUUUCAAUGCCUUCAUCAAUGACAUAGCCGAAUUGGUACAGACAGUGGCGGGCAUCAAGUGCUUACUUUACGCAAAUGAUCUGGUACUAUGGUAUUCCGCCCCCAAGAAAAACGCUCAGGAGAGGACAGAAAGUGCCCUAAAUUGUGCACUUAAACUACUAGCAAACUGGUGCGACAACAAUGGAAUGGUAAUCAACACUGCAAAAACUGCAUUCCAAACUUUUUCUUUGGCCCAUCACAGCAUAAACCCGAUUCUAAGAUUUGGACCUAUAUUAGGAGCACUAGCAGCAGCUUACUUGGGAAGAAAAUGCUCUGGAUGCGGAACUUCACUCCAAGUCACUAGAUUUGAAUAUCAGUCUCGUCAUACUUGA